UUCUGCGACAACCGUUUAGAAUUUUUUUAAACGUUAAAAUGUCUCAAAAUAGAUGGUGUAUUGUGUUAUUGUGUGUGGUGGCCAGUGUCAUGGCAGCCCCUAAACUGUUUCACACGGAAAAAUUCAGAAUUGGAAUUGAGUAUGAAAAUUCACUGCCCAUGUAUGGAGGCUCAGACAGAUACAGACACAGAAAUAACUACGACCCUUUCUUUGUGACUGUCACUGCUACUUCUAAGAGCGGUUUCGUCAUCACCUACUUAGACGUGAAAGCGACAGUGGACGAGGGAGGCGAGGUCGUCUUCAAAAUGGUGCGUGGCCAGGCUGGAUCCAAGAGCAUGGUCUUCCAGCUCAUAUCCAACCACUCAGACUUCCUCUCCUUCUCUUACCUGACUUACGGCAUCAGGGAGGAGGAGUAUCGAAAGGUGACGUCAGUUUCCAUGGGAUAUUUUGCGUAGGUAACCAACAUAAUCACACUUCCAAUGGCGAACAAGGCAAACAAAAUGGAUUUUUUCUCUAUAACUUUAUUUAUUGUCGGUUCAUUUUUAUUUAUACAUAGUUAAAUAUUUUGUAUUUUAACAUAACGUUAUUGUACUUAUGUUUAUAUUAAACGCUUAUUUUAACCUUA